ACUCACUUGCUUAGCAACAGAAAUUUUGGGCUUAAUUGUGGUCAUAAGUCAAGAACUACCUGUAGAGUUUACAAAGCUUAGGGUUGAACUUUUAGGUUCUUUAUAUUCUCUGAACCUGGUCCUCUGAAUACCAGGGGUUCAGGGACACCAGAAACCCAACUGUUUGAAGGUUUCCAAUCAGAGAAAGCCACCUGAAACAAUACCAUCAUUAUCUGCCAAGCAAGGUUGGAUUCCUAGCUUGCCAGUAUGGGGCAGCGAGUGGAUUCUCCUUGCUUGGAACCUGUAGGUUACCUGCCUCAAGCCCUUCCAUACAGGAGAACUGAAUCACUCCCCACCUAUUCUUCAGAUCAGCAGAAAAUCUGCCCAAUCUGAAAUUUCCUGUCCCCAACUCUCUGCCACUGUUUCAAGCCAAGCCGUCAGGUGAGUCCUCAGGUAAAAUCAACCAACAGGAACCAAAGGCCUUUUCCCUUCUCCUCUUAUUGCUAUUCCCACAUGAAACAUUCAGGAGUCCUUUUGUUUUCAUAAGCCACCAAGUGACAAUAGCUGAACAGGAAGCUUCCAGCUGUGAAUCAUUUCAGCUCCAUAACAAGUCUUAGAGCCACCCAAGGUGCCUGAAGAGAGUCCUAUCAAGAGCUAGGAUCAUGUCAGAUGACCUUCCAACUUUUUUUCUCCACUCCCACAUUUCACGUCCGGCAGAUUUUUAUUUAUUUUUUUAAUACGAAUUUCAUUGCUUCCGUCGGCUCAGUCCCACCGUAAUCGUUAUCUUCUCUCGAUUUCUUUUUUCUUUUUUUUAAAUCUCAUCCGACUUUUUCAAAGCUGCUGAGCUGUAAAAAAAGAGCUGUCAUUUCCGUGCUUGAGCAAUGAGUUGAAUCUCUGACGAGCUGGUGGGACUGGUUUUUCUGUUUCCUUCCAGAGUCUGUGGUUCGAGAAGAGGGCUGGGUCUCUCCGGACUUUCCCUGCUUCCUCCCUCUGUGCAUCAGCCUAUAGGGCUGGGCGGGCAACCAUUACCAGUUCAAACUCGCUCAGGUUAGUUAGGGACUAAGGGGAGGAAGAAAAAAAAAAAAGCCCGUGCUUGGGUCUCAUUUUGUGCUUUGAGCUUACGAAGUGGUGUAAGGUGAUACGAAGGUGAUACGAAGCUAGAAAUGCUCGGAGGGAGUCCCAUUUGAGUACUAUCAACAGAGAGAAGGGGGAGCAGAGCCAGAGGCGACGACAGAGCAGAGGCGAACUUUUUCUUCCCGAUGGUGUUCAUGACUGAUCUUCAGCCUGACGGGGACGAACUAAAGCCCCUCAGAGUGGCCAGUAAAAAGGAAAAAGCGGCUUUAAUCCAUUCAGAAAAUGAAAAUGGAACAGAAGAAAAGAAGAAAUCUGGAAAACCAGGCUUUGGGGUGCCACAAAUAUCAUUUAAUGAGGCCGACUAUUUUGAAGACCAGAAAAAAGUUGCAAUUGCACGGUCAAAGACAAUUGUGGAUAAUGGUUUCUUGGAUGGCAAGAAUGACUCAAAAGCUGAAAGGAAGAAGCAUACCUCAAACCAGUUUAAGGCAAAUGCUCAUUUUCACAAGCUGUUUCUGGAUGUCCCAAUUGAUGAACCCUUGAGACAAAAUUUCACCUGUGCCUUACAGAAAGAAAUUGUGUACCAAGGGAAGCUAUAUGUAUCGGAGAACUGGAUUUGCUUCAAUUCCAAGGUCUUUGGCAAAGAUACCAAGAUUAGUAUACCUGUGUUAUCCGUAACACUAAUAAAGAAGACUAAAACUGCCCUUUUAGUGCCAAAUGCUCUUAUUAUAACUACAGUCUCAGAUAGGUACAUGUUCAUCUCUUUUCUGUCCAGAGACACUGUUUACAAAUUGUUAAAAUCUGUUUGCAGUCAUCUAGAGGAUGGCAACAGUCCUAAUCCUUCUUCCCUAGAAAAUAGUUUCAGAGCUGAUCGGCCUACAACAUUACCCCUGGAUUUCAAUCACGAUUUCUCUGAACUGGAUGGCAUCAUACAGAGACGUAGACAGGAGAUGGAAGAAUCCAGCAGCACUGGUUCUCAAACCCCAGAAUUGGAACACUUUCAAGAUCACCAUGAGUCUGAUAACCAGUCUCAUUUCAAAUGUUCCAAGACAGAAAUGAAAGAUGUCCAUAAAAAUGUACAGUCUAAAUGUAGACGUGAUGAUCAAAUCAGGAAUCUUUCAGGAAACAUUUCUUCAGGAAUCCUCGGAUCUUUUGACAGAAUGAAUUUUCAAUUAUUUAUGUCGGUGACUCACAUACUCAUUGUUUAUGCAAUUCUUGUUUUUAUCCUCAUAUGUUCCACAUUCUAUUUGCGAUAUAAAGUUCAUCAUUUAGAAGAGCAACUUGUAUCCAUGGCUUCUACUGUGGAUCCACAUAUGAAUGAACAUCCAAUACAAGAUGGUUUGGGAUAUCACCAAAAAUUUAAUGUUGACGGUCUGUAUGCAGAGCUAACAGCUAAUCUUAUCAAACUGGAAAAGAUACAAAGCAAUUUACAGAGGCUGCUUGAAGACAGUAAGUGAACUGCUGUUGCCUUUGGAUUACUUCAUUCGCACUUCAUUUUUUCUCUAGAUAAGCAGCUCUGAAGAUAAUAUCAGGCUUAGCCAAUCAAGUUAUGUGUACUUGAGCUCAGUACAAAUUCACAGCUCUUGUGCAAUAGCAUCUGUUUUAUCAGAAGACAAUCCAUUUCCUUGUU